UAUUCUUUGUAAGGAACCGAAAUGUUGUGUCUAGUUUAAAAAAGCUUGUAGGAUAAUAUGCAGCCACGUUUGUCAAAAAAUGACAACAUGUUAACAAUAUUUACUUGGAACCCCUUGGGGAAAAAAAGAAAUCUAUUCCUUCCAUAAUAACUUCCAGAAGAGAUUGUUGAUGAAACUUACAUAAGAAACCAGACGUUUAUUAGGUGAGUAAUUACAUGUUAAUACGACAGGGAGACCAUCAAUUUCAUAAAAAUGCAAUGGGGGAUGAGGAACCACAAGGAAUCUGGGUUUGCUCCGUCUGGACAAACUUAAAAGUUCCCCUGAGCCCGGGGUGUGACGUCACUCUCCCAGAAUGCAUGGCUUCCAGCGCGGCGCCCAGCAGUCCAGGCCCGGACUCUGACAAAUAUCUACAAAACUUCUUCCAAAAUGUCGAUAUGGAGACGAAACGGAGGCUGGACGGAGCGCUGGACGGAGGCUCAAUCGUGCAAUGGGAAUGGUUUUAAUCGGCAUCCACACCUGGAUCUACAGUAGUCACGGAUAAUCAUCGCCUCCGGCCAUGGGAACAUACCUGGAUAAACUCUUAAUUUUAGCCCCUUAACUGGCGAGAUGCAGUGGUGUGCCACCACAAAACACUGUCUGUCUUCACCCAAGCAGCACUUGAACAUCGAUCCAAAUUAGUCUGCACCGAGUUUAAAGAGAGACUGAGUCUGUGAAGAUGUCAAGCUCCCUCUGUGAUUCAGCUGCUGUGACUGUGGUGUUCGGGGCUACUGAAUACUAAAAUAGCCUGAGCCAACACAAGAGCUCUUCUCAGGAAACGCACAGACCUAGUCAAAGCUCCUCAUCACUGCAGCCCUGUUGGGGUUGCUAUGGCAGCUGCUGUCACAGAAACCAAGUGCUGGACGCAGGCUUGCCCCAGUAAGGCAGGACAGACCACUAGUCAUUACCACAAGAGACCAUCAAACAGUCAACAAACAGCACUUAGCAAUAAUUCUAGCACUCUACGUUAACAAAACAACCAGAGGUCUGUAGGCUGAUGGUCAGCUCUCUGGAGGAUCCUCAUGAGUCUUGUCUGUGUCUGCUCAGGCUCUUGGCUGGAGUCCCUGUGCAGCAACAGAGCCAGUACCGUUCCUUCUGUUAGACCAUGUUUCACCAGCAGGACCAUCUGAAGAGCCAGCUGCAGGAGAGCCACUCAGCCAGCAGGCAGCUCUUCCACUGCCGGGAGUGUGGGAAGCAGUACAACACACAGCUGGGUUAUAGACGCCACCUGGUGGCAGCCCAUAGUGCUGCAGCAGGCCUGCCUUGUGCAGAGGGGGUGCCCUCCCUGCUGGAGCACCUUGGCAGCCAUAUUGACAGGCCAUCAGAGCAACCAUCGGAGGGCAACACAAAUGCUACUGUGCCAGUGAGAGAGAGGAAAUACUCGUGUGAGCGAUGUGACCGCCGUUUUUACACACGUAAGGAUGUACGGCGUCAUGCUGUGGUGCACACUGGGCGCCGUGACUUCCUGUGCCCGCGCUGUGCACAGCGCUUUGGCCGUAGAGACCAUCUGACUCGCCAUUUAAAGAAGAGCCAUGCUCAGGAGUCAGGGUUGAUGCCAUCUUGUACACCCAGUACUCCUGUGGCUACACCGACCCCUGCCACCCAGUGCCCUGUGAAGGAGGAGCCGAGCCCUGUGCCCUCUGAUAUGGGCUCUAUCUCCAAGGAACCAAUGGAGACUUUCUCCAGGGGCAUGUACAAUUCUUACACCAUGGCCAGUCCUGUCCCUGGGAUGGGCCAUCCUCAUGGCCUGAUGCAGGGCUCGUUGUCCUCAAGUGUAGGUGUGGCUCGCCACAUGCCCCCCCAAUCUUCUCAUUCUCACCACCACCAUCUGCAGCCCUCGACGGCUCCGCAGCAGCAGCAGCAGCAGCCCUACAGCAGUAUGGCAAGGUACCAGCACGGAUCUACCUCAUAUCCUCGCACCGACGUGGACAGUUUUCUGCUGGACCUGCAGAGUGCCCCCCCACCUCACCUAAGUGCAGUGAGCUCCUCUACCUCUACUUCUGCCUCCCCUCAGAGAGAGGUGCUGGGUGAAGGCGUAGGUGUUGGUGGUGACCCCCAUCUGCUGUCCAGGAGCCCUGCUGUCUCCUCAACUGAGCUGUCCUGCACCACUAACAUGGACCUCGGGCCUCUGCUGGGCUUUUUGCCCUUUAGUCUGCCACCCUACAGCCCCCACAUGGGGAUGGGAGGGUUAGUGAUGAGCUAUCCAUCCGCUACCACCACCACUUCUCCUCCAUCCUCUUCCACUGAGCUGUCCUCUCAAGCUCCAGGGCCUUUCACCUUUUUCCAGCCUCCACAAGCUCAUGUACACCAGGGCCCUGGUGCCCAUAACCACAGCCAACUACCUCAGGCAUACAGCAAUCCUGCUAUGAGCACUUCAAGCUCCCUACCUCACUACUACCAGGCCUUUCAGCAAUGCCUACACAAAAAGAAUGUGCUACAAAAUUAAGAUUGGGGUGGCCAGCAAGACCUGCCAGCACUGUGGUGGCAAGCAACCAUAUAAAGAUAAGGUGCAGAGACAGAAAGAAAAGAUUACCCAGGACUGGAAAGAGCGGCAAAAGAAGGACUGCAGCAUCAACAAAGUUCAUGAUGCAACAAAUCUAUUGUUGUGACAACCCUAAACCCAAUCACCGCACCUGAGAGACUGCCAGGAUUUUAAGAAGGCGAGCGGAGAAAGCUGCAAGAGAGACGAGACGCACGGAGCAGGCGAAGGAGCAGGAAGCGGCAGGAAGCGGCAAGUCUAACUAGGAAGAACACCCAACGCAGGACCCACACCAGAGCACCCAGUGGACGGAGGAGCUAGGUGGCUAGUUGACGGCAGGUUCCAUGAAGAGGUGGGCAGAGUGAAACUCUGAGUAGAGGUCUGGAAUGAUAAAGUGCGACUCACGAUAGCUGUUUGUGUAAAAGUGCAGUGACUGCCGUCUUGCCUCCGAUAGCUCGAGACCGUGCCAGAAGAGGACGACGGUGCAGAGCGGCGGAGCCAGGAGAGCAGGGACCGAAUGAAGGACGUGUGGCUCUCUUUUCUUCGGUGACCAAGCUAUCCCCGCCAGUGUACUGGACCUCCACAAAUGGGAACUUUUAGAGCGACAUCCAGUCCUCCUCCUUGCAAGGAGAACCAUGGCUUUGUGGCGGAGUGCCUCUGUCCAUGGCAAAUGAACACAGAGGACGCUAAGGAUGCCCUUGUCACAAUAAGAUGGAUAUAUGAAAAUCUCCUUAAUGCUUCAAGACCCGCAUCUGACAGCUUCUGUAUGGCAGUCGCCUUGAGGCUGUGAUUGGUGUAUCUUCGGCAGCAUCUGUGCAAGUGAAAUAUUCAACUCAUUGACUUUCCAAUAUCAGAUUGGAAGCACAACUCUGAGCAGGAUUGUUAUGGAGACCUGUGCAGCCCUAACUUCUGUGCUACGCGAGGAUUUCCUGAAGACACCAAGAACUGAGCCAGAGUGGAAAGCCAUUGCCAAAGACUUCCAUGACAAGUGGCAGUUUCCACACUGUCUGGGUGCAGUGGACGAGAAACACACAAUUUUCAUUCAACCUCCUGCCAACAGUGGAAGCAUGUAUUACAACUACAAGUCCCGGUUUUCCAUCAUACUCAUGGCUGUAGUUGAUGCAAAUUAUAAGUUUGUUUAUGCAAGUGCGGGAACCCAGGGCAGAGUGUCAGACGCUGGCGUGUUUGCACAAACAGACUUGAGAGCCGCAAUGGACAAAGGCCUACUUCAUGUCCCCCCUGAUGACACACUGCCCAACACUGAUAUCUUGAUGCCCUACAUGUUCAUUGGAGAUGAGGCCUAUCCACUCAGAGCAGAUCUCAUGAAGCCUUACGCUGCGCUGCGCUUCCGCAGGCAGUGUGGCCCUGGCGUUACCCCUUCUGAAACCUCAACAGGAGUCUGAGGCUCUUCAAUUGCCGUCUGUCUCGGGCUCGACGAGUAGUGGAAAAUGCCUUUGGAAUAUUAGCCAAUCGCUUCAGAGUUUUCAGAACAACUAUUUCCCUGGAUCCAGACAAGGUCAUGAACAUCAUCUUUGCAUUUCUGUGCCUGCACAACUUCUUAUGUGACAGAAGAUCUGAUGCCUACUUGCCACCUGCCUAUGUGGAUUCAGAAGAUGCCAACCAUCAGCUGAUUGAAGGCGCAUGGAGGAGAGAGGGCAUACUACAGCCUGCACCAGUGGGGAGAGCAAGAAAUCCCUCUGUUGAAGCGAAGAGGCAACAAGACAGACUAUGCCAAUACUUUGUGUCACCUGCAGGAAGUGUUUCAUGGCAGGAGGGCAUGGUAUAGGCUUAAAAUCAGGGAUGCAGGAAGUAGGGGUGCUGAGGGGGCUGUAGCACCCCCUACUGGCUGUAGCUGCAAGGCAAAACUGUUUACUAAACAAAUCAAUAAAAAAACAUUUAUUUUUUGAGUGUAGCAUUUUAGCGUAAGCUGGCUGAGAAACAUGGUUAUGUGUUAAACGGUUGAAAUCCACCCUUUGUUAUUUUUUAUAUUUCAUUUCAUUUCAAAGCAUCCAUUGUAUUUUCUGUGUAUCUGAUGCAUAAACGCAGGCAGGUUAGAUGUGUCUCUCAAUUUCCUGCCUCACUGGUUAAAGGAUGUAUGAAUUUAUUAUUUCAUUUAGUAAAUGUAUUUCUUGUUUCUGUCACAGAUCUGUAGUGUGACAUGCUUUGAAUAAGAGUGAGCAAUGAUCAUGUCAACUCAUUUGGCAAUGGCUUGAAUGUAGCGAACACUGUUUGACAUUAAUUUAAUAUGUAAUAGUUAUUGCACUAUAACUUUUAAGAGUGAGAGUGGUUAGAUUUUAGCCAGUGUACCUUGCUGUGUAAUGGUCAUACCUUCCCUGAGUUGACUGGGACCCCAUAAAUGGUACUCCCCCUGGUUGGAACUGACUGAGGGUUGCGUGUUCCUGGGCCUGCUCUGCCUCUAGGGCAUCAUACAGUAUGUUCAUAAUAUUUCUCCUAACUCUUAACUGAAGCACUCGAUCUUUAAUGCUUCUUAGCUCAUUUGCAACUUGUUGACCAAAUACCUCCUCACUGUCAUUAGUUGUAGAAGAGUAUUAUGAACCUGUGUUAACAAAGUUAACGUUGCUAACUCAAUAUUGUUAGCAUCAGAGGACUUUCCCUUUGCUUUGCUAAAGCGUGGUCUUUUGGGUGUCUCAUCAUGACGUGAUGCUAAUUCAGUCAAAGAUGUUUCCCCCUCUACAGUGGCAGAGACUGAACUUCUAGAGGACUGAGCAGAGGUUGAUGGAGGGGAGAGCAUCUGGGACAUUUCAUUGUUGUCAGUUGACAUGUAUGGCAUUAUAUUUGUGUCAUAAGUCGCGCGAGCAGAUAACACAUCUGCACGCGCGCAGAUCUCUCUCUUGUGUAAAUUAUUUCGUGUCACACAUUCAGCAACAGAGUGAAGCAGAGGCAGGUGCAAGCGAGUAAAAAACAACAGCGACACAAACAACAACACUGUGCAGCUGCUUUGCGCGCGCUGGCUCGCUCCUGCUCUCGUUCUCUCUCUCCCCUGUGCUCGCUCGCGGUGGAGUUCUGCUCGCUCGAAGCAAGGACUUUUGACGCUUUGGGGGCGGAGACCAAGGCUGACCCCGGCCCUCUUAUGAUUGGUCAUUUUCCAGCCCCCCACGUUGGUGCCUUUUCGGUUUUCUGCUGAUGACAGCUUCUGUCACAGACAGGAAGCUCAGUGGGUUUUUUUGGUUUGUUUAGCUAACUAGCCUGGUAAGAAGCUACAUGGAGGAAGCACCGCCUGUGUGAGUGACGUUUAUGGUCCUGGUAAAUAGUAGCAGAGUGAGACCUCUGACUUUGUUUCUGGGCCGGUGCUGAAGUCGAUGAACCAUACUUCCGGUUGUCAUUCAACGAGACAGUUGAACGAAGACUUGCCGUAGCGAUCGUGCUAGCUGAGUUCUGUGGAGAGAGACUGCGACUGUAAACGCGGCCGUGAGGAGACAAAGUUGCUGUUUGGAGUACUGCGGUGGGCAAGUGCGGGAAUAUCGACUGACGGCCUGUAUAGGUCCGGACUGGUGUUCCUGCUCUGCUUGUUGCGGUCUCUGGCAGUGGCUGUGUACGUUAUCUGAGACGGUCAGAAGUGCGCACGUGAAUAUUAACCUUUAUUUUUCCUUCUCUGCUUCUGUUCUGUAUACUCUCUUUGGGGCCUGGUAGUCUCUUUGAUACAAGGCUUCGGCCAUGAGGGGUAACGGGGGAGGGGUGCAGGACUGGGAGAGAGGUGAGGACAGAUCUAGAUCUGUGGGGAAGCGUGAUCGCUCGGACACCUCUCUGGAAAAAGAAGAUAGGAGACUGAAAAUGGUAAAGCCUGUGGAAGAAUUUAAAAUUUUCUUCAAAAUGAAGGAUCAGGUUGCUGGAGGCUUUAGAGCUGAAGAUUGCUGAGUCUCUUAGGUGUGUUGGAGAGGAUAUAGAUGCAUGAAUCCUCCCCAGUGGGGUGCUUCUAGUGAUAUGUAGCACCAGAGAUCAACUUGGAAGAGCAAGAAAAAUUGGGAAAAUUGGAGGAAAGAAAGUGGAAAUCUCAGUUUCGGAAAAGAAAAACGUGUCUAAAGGUGUCAUCUAUGGUGUUUGUGCUGAUGUGACAGAGAGAGAGAUAUUAGAAAACAUUAAAGGAGGAGAAGUAAAGGAAGUGAAGCGGUUUAAAGCCAAAGAAGGGGGGAACCCAAACUCUCCAGUUUUGAUAACCUUUGAGGGGAAUUUUCUCCCAGCAAGGGUGUACAUUGGCUGUCUGUCAUACCAGGUGAAGCAGUUUCAAAGGUCUCCACUUCGGUGUUUUAAAUGCCAAAGGUUUGGGCAUAUGGCUAUGUCAUGCAGAAGAGAUAGGCGUUGCGCCAAGUGUGGAGGUGACCAUGAUGUAGUGAACUGUGGAGUGUCAACUCCUAAAUGAUGUAACUGUGAAAGAAGUCAUUUGGCUUCAUUUAAGGAGUGUGGCCACUUUAUAAAAGCAAAGCAAGUUCAGGAGGUCAGGGAUGAGCACAAGACCUCUUAUGCGGAAGCUCUGAAGAAAGUGGAAAGGGCUGGUGAUGCAAGCACCCUAGGAAAAAUGAGAACAGGUGGGCCUUUGAUGUCUCAAUCGCCACCAUCCAUCAUAGCAAGGGAUGAAAUUGUGAUAAAAAAAUAAUCCUUGAUGGCUUUCAUUGUUGAUGUGCUGUAUGGGGCUCGAGAAAAGAAGUCCAGAUCUGAUAUAAUUAAAUGUGUGUCUGAAGCAGCAGUCAGGUUUCUGGGUCUGAAAGUCUUUGCUCCCCAAUCUCUAUAUGACUACAUGAGGUCAAGCCAAGAAAAGACAAGCUACAUUGACAGGGAGGAUGAUGAGGACGGAGAAGAUAUGGAUGAGGGUGACUUCAUUGAAGAUUAUGAUGAUGUUUAAAUAUUUAUGAUGUUCUGCAUCCUCCAAUGGAAUGCACGAAGUUUAAUUGCCAAUGGCCAGGAGCUCAAAAAGCUAGUUCGAGACUGUGAAAUAAAACCUGAUCUAAUUUGUAUCCAGGAGACAUGGUUAAAGCCUUGUCUAGAUUUUAUUAUUCCUGGAUAUGUAUGCCUGCGUAAGGACAGGAAUGACAGGCCAGGAGGAGGAUGUACUACUUUUGUUAAGUCCAAUAUGCAAUAUAGAAUUUGUGAAUGUGAUACGUCUUUUGAAAAUUUAAUUGUUGAGGUAUGGAGCCCCCAGGGGAAAAUAUGCAUUGUUAAUUUUUAUAAUCCUUGUAAACCCCUCAUUCUAUCUGAGCUUGAGAACAUAAUGAGUAAGGCUAGCAGGUCGCAAGUCAUCUGGGUAGGAGAUUUCAAUGCCCACAACCCUCUGUGGGGAAGUAAGGAUAGAGAUACAAAUGGGGAAAUAAUAGAGGAAUUGUUAGAUAACUCUAAUUUAGUUAUAAUAAAUGAUGGACAACCGACCCGCUUUGAAAUUAAAACUUCAAAAAUGUCAUGUUUAGACCUGACUCUGGCUUCACCGGCUCUUGCAAGGGUAGGGGAGUGGAGUGUCUUGAGUAAAGACCCAAUGGGAAGUGAUCACUUCCCAGUUUUAUCCAAAUUUGGAUAAAACUCAUAAAGAAAUCAGAGGACAGAGCCAAACGAUUUGAUUUUUCUAGAGCAAAGUCGGAUAAGUUUGAAGAGGGGAUAGCUGCAGGCUUAGAGAGUGUUUGCAGUGAUGGGUCAAUUGAUGAUUUUAACGAUUCUUUAAUAGCAAUGAUCUUGACUGCUGCUUCAGAAGCAAUCCCCUUUAGAAAGAUCCCUAAAGAGCGAGCCAUAGUUCCAUGGUGGAAUAGCGAAUGUAGCAAAGCUAUAAGCAUGAGGAAACUUGGGUUUAAAAAAUUACGUAAGAACCCUUCCCAGGAAAAUGUCAUAAAAUACAAGCGUUAUUGUGCGUUGGUGAGGAAAACUAGAACGCAAAAAGGAAAUGCUGGAGAACCUUUUGUGGGACGCUAGGACCAGACACUCCAGCCAAACAAUUAUGGUCUAGAAUUCACAAAAUGUCAGGAAAAGUUGUUAAAACAACAAUUCCAGUUCUAAAGGACAGGCACACUGAGGCCAUUUUUAGUAAAGAUAAGGCAGACGUGUGCUAAAACUUUCCAAGAUGUGCAUAAUUCAAAAAGCCUAGGGCAUGAAGGGUUGAGAGAAAGAGAAGAGCUCCUGAAAGCAGAUGAAUGGAAAUUGAAUUAUGUAGGUGAAAGGAAUAGGUCAUAUAAUGCGUUUUUCUCGUUAAAAGAGCUUAAACAUGCAAUAAAAACUGGGUUAAAUACUACUCCAGGUCAGGAUGGAAUAAGCUAUGAACUGCUUAAACACUUAGAAGAGGGAGCACUUGAAGAAAUGUUGGCAUUCUAUAAUUAUGUUUGGGAGGCUGGAAUGUUACCAACGAAAUGGAAACAUGCAUUGGUUGUUCCUAUUUUGAAGCCCAGAAAAGAUCCAUCUUCUCCAUCAUCCUAUCAACCCAUAGCAUUAACAUCAGUCAUGUGGAAAGUAAUGGAAAGAAUGGUUACAAAUAGGUUGAUGCACUUUCUUGAAUCUAAUAAUUUUUUUGUUAAUUAUCAAAAUGGCUUUAGAGUUGGCAGAAACACAAUGGAUUCUGUUGCUGUCCUUGAUAAGGACAUAAAGAAAGCUAUUAUAAAUAAAGAAGCUGUAAUCUGUGUUUUUCUAGAUAUAGAGAAAGCAUAUGACUCCAUGUGGAGGGAGGGUGCGCUGAUGAAGCUGCAUGACGCUGGUGUUCAUGGCAGAAUGUUUUAUUGGAUUAAGGAUUUCCUUAAUCAUAGAACUAUUCAAGUGAGAAUAGAAGGUAUUGAAUCUGAAAUUGCUGAGGUUGAAAAUGGCACACCGCAAGGUUCAGUUAUUAGCCCAGUUCUCUUUAAUGUUAUGAUAAAUGAUAUCUUUGAAAAUGUCCAACAAGGCUUUGGUAAAUCAUUGUUUGCAGAUGAUGGUGCCCUCUGGAGGAGAGGGAAAAACAUGCAUCACAUGUUCUGUCAAACACAACAGGCCUUAGAUCAGGUUGUUAAGUGGGCAGACAAGUGGGGAUUUAGAAUCUCUGCACCCAAAAGUAAAUUUAUGGUUUUUGGCCUAAAAAAGGUUCCUCCUUUAAACCUUACAAUGUAUGGGAGCUCUUUAGAAAGAGUUAGCAAUUUUAAAUUUUUGGGUGUGUGGUUGGAUGAGAGGCUAACAUGGAGAACCCACACAUGGUAAAAAUAUUUUUAAAUGUGAGAAAAUAAUCAACAUUCUUCGAAGCUUAGCUGGAUGUGACCGGGGGGCUGAAAGAGAGACGUUGCUAAUGAUAUACAGAGCAAUGAUAAGGUCUACUUUAGACUAUGGAUGUGUUGUAUUUGGCUCAGCCUCUAAAUCUGUGCUUGAGAAGUUGGAUCGGCUUCAGGCCAAAGCUCUAAGAAUAUGUUGUGGAGCUUUCAGAACAACUCCAAUACCAGCUCUGCUUGUUGAAAUGGGGGAGGCUCCUCUAAGAAAUAGUGUUUGGGCUCCAUUAUUGGUAUAAAUUGUGUACUAUUAAAUGUGUCCCAUUUGCUAAAUGUCUUUUGGAAAACUGUUGGGAAUUUGUUGGUAAUGAAAAGAGGUCAAACUUCCUUAGUCAUAUUAAAAAGCUCGCCUCGACCUUUGGGCUUGAAGAAGACAGGAUGUGCAUGUCUCUCUGUUCCUCUGUCCCUCUCUGGUAUAUACCUGAACCUGAAGUUAAUGUAUCCUCUCUUGAAAACAUAAAGACAUAUAAUGAGGUUAAUGAGUAUGUUAAUAGUCUCCAAAAAGACUAUGUUCAAAUUUUUACAGAUGGAUCUGUGGACCCAAUAUCUGGAAAGGCUGGUUUUGGAAUGUUUGUGUCAAACUUUAAUAUUCAACAGACCAUCCGAAUAUCUAACAAGUUGUCUAUCUUUUCUGCUGAGCUCCUAGGGAUCUUGUGGGCCAUGUGGUGGAUGGAGGUUGUUAGACCCCUAAAAAGCAUAGUUUGUUCAGAUUCUAAAGCUGCCUUGUUGGCCGUGAAGAAUGGAGCAUCAAGGGCUCAACCUGACCUGCUACAGGAGAUCUUGUGCUGUCACUAUGGACUUGGUAAAAUUGGAUGUAACGUGGAAUUUAUGUGGGUACCAGGCCAGUCAGGUAUAGAAGGAAAUGAAAGAGCCGACCAACUGGCAAAAAAAUCCCUUGGAAAAGAUACUGUUGAUCUGAAUGUGUUUCUUGGGAAGCCUGAGUGCUUUCAAGUUGGCAAAGAAAAAUUAGAGGAACAAUGGCAAAAAGAAUGGAGAGAAGACCAACGUGGCAGACAUUACUUUUCCCUGCAGCCAUCUGCUAAAAGAAGGAGGCUACAGAUUAAAACUAGAAAGAAAGGAUGAUGUGGUCUUAACUCGUUUAAAACUGGGGCACUGGGUCAAAACAAUAGGCAAGAACCUAAAUGGUCUCUGCCAGUGUGGGAAGUUGGAGACACUGCAGCAUGUAAUGUUUGAGUGCAGUAAAUAUUGGGAUGAAAGACAGCACAUGUUUAGGGAGUUAUCUAAGUUGGGCUUUUCUUCCUUUUCUUUCAAAUCUAUAUUCUCUUCUGAUGCGGACUUCCAUCUAAUUGGGAAAGCAAUAAUUCUUUUUCUCCGGUCAGCUGGACUGUAUCAGAAAAUCUAAACUGAAUAUAGCGGCGAGCGGCAAUCUGCGGGUUCUAAACUGUUCCGCCCCAAACCAGCCACCGUGACAGAUUAUGAAUCAUAGUAAAAUACCUUUGUCCUUCCAUAUUAUGGAAUUAUGGAGAAGACAUUACAUGGAGCUUUUUAACUGUGUUAAAAGUGAUGUUUUUACUGUUGGCGAUGUAUCUCAUGAUAAUGUGGUCAUAAGGCCUGAUGAUAUAAGUUACGCAAUUGGGAAAUUGGCUUUAAACAAAUCCUGUGGCCUUCAUCUGAUCUCUGCAGAGCAUUUGAAAUUUUCAUGAAUGAAAUUUUCAUUUUCAAGAAUGAAUGAAUGAGUGAAUGAAUGAACUAGAAAAUUUCACAUGAAAUUUUGAGUGUGCCUGAUGCUCGCUGCCAACUAGUAUCCCCAUACCAAUAUGCUAAUUAUUAAUAGCAGUAAAUGUAUCACUGUGUGUCUGUGUGUGUGUGCAUGC